CAUGUCCACUAUGUGGGACUCUGAGCUUUAUGGGAAAGGAGUACUGUUGCGCCGAUUUGAAUGACAACUAUUCAUGCUGCACUUUUGAAGACUAUUAUUACAAAGGUGGCUUCCUGGACAGCAAGACGCUGUACAUUACGAUUGCUGUGGCAGCUGGUAUUCUGGUGUUGUUGCUGGUCCUCAUUUGCUGCUGCUGCUGCGCUUGCUGCCCUUGCAACCGACGGCGCCGACAAGGUGCUGUGUACAACAGUGUUGUGCUACCAGGAAAUGCUCCAGCAUACCAGCCCAGUUCAGUUCAAUACCACCCUGCGCAAUAUCCUCCACAACCUUCAUCCAACCCAUAUCUUGCUCCAGCUGCAUCUGCUCCAGCUUAUCCUACACUUCCAAAGGUUUAGUCAUUUAUUAGUUUCAAUGCGCACAAUUAAUGGUUUGUGCCAAAGCAGGAACUCUUUAGUUUGUUCAUCUUUCUACUUCAAAUCUAGGAAUUUUAAUUUUUGAAUGUGAUAUUAUUUGCAUAGAAUAUCUCUUCACUCUCAAUUGUACUUAACUGUUGCCAUAUUUUUAGCUACUUGGCUACAGUGUGAGUGUUUGCUCCAUAAUUUGAGUUGUUCUGUAGCUAACUCUCCUCCUAGUUCUAACAAAUAACGGCUUGUAAGUUAAAUUUAAGAACGUAAAGGAUUAUUAUAUUUAUUGUACUUUGUGUCACGACUUUAAUUUAAUUGACGAAGAGUCACUUUAAUAUUAUAGAUAUUUAUGUUAUUACUACUGUAGUUUUCAAUGUAAGGAAAGACAUUUUAAAUGGUUGUGUAAAAUUUACUCUUAACUUGCGUUGUCUCAAGCCAUUGUUUUUUUUUCUUUUGAAGCAGUGUAUUUUGUUUCUUGAAUGUAUGUAAUAUUUUCUUUAGUCAUUUGACUUGACACAUUUUAUCACAUAAGAGACAAUAUUCAAAAACAUACUCUUUAAGUUAUUUCCUUUUCUUCAGUUAUUUUACCUAAGUUUUAUUUUCCAUUUUAGAAAAGAAAUUUGCAUUCCAUUUGUACCAAAAAUGAGAAACUAUAUAUAAUAAUGCUUAAUGAUGUUAUGUGAAACAAUUUUCGGUAGUGUAGUCGUAGUGAAGCUCUAAAACUCCUGUUGUGAUUAGUUUUUAACAUCAAAACAAAAAUUUUGAUCAGACCAAAGUUUUCUUUAUGUAGAAAUGAAGCAGUAUUAUGCUGCAAAUUUUGAACUAAUAGUAUAUGUUUCGAAAGAUCUUUGUUUUAAGAGGUGUGUGAUACGAUUUUCUGCAUGGACUUCUGUUACACAAAUGUCUGUUUGAUGACCAAACUUUUGGUUUUAAAAUAUUUGCUCCAUGGAAACGUAUACCAUGUUUUUUCAACUUAAAGCUACUGCCAUUUUGUAUCACCAGUGUCACAUAUUGGUGAUUUUGUCCUUAUUUUUCUCCAGUCUGAAAACAAGGGGCUUGAACAAAAGAGUUACGUUCAAGCAAGGGGAUACCAUAUAGUAAGUACAUAUUGGGAUACUGUUUAAGCAUUUGAAGUCAGAGAAGGGCUAUCCCACAAUGAGGCUUUGGUUUUACAAUUGAUGAAAGGCUGUUUACAUAUGGUAUACAUUUACAGCUGAGGAAAAGCUUCAAGUCGUAUGUUUGAUGACAGUUAUUUUACUUUUGGUUAGCUUUUAUUUUUUACUUUUUGAACACAAUACAAUCUUCUGUUGCUCGAUAUGCGUUUGAAUGGCUGUUCAUUUUUAGUGGCAAUUUAACUCUUGAAUUUCAUAGAGUUUUUGUAUUAAUAUCAGUGUGCUUCUACCGAACACUCAAAACAGUUUUUUCAGUUUUAUUGAAUUCAAUUAUCUCCAAAAAUUCACACAUAAGUGAAAAAGCUCUUACCAGGUUCAUUUUGUUGAUAACCAGCUCGACAUGGGAUAUACUCAAGACUCCUGGAGUUAAGUCUGAUAUCUUUUAUGUUGCAAAGUUUUCUAUUUUGAGACAACUUGUUGCUGUAUGAACAUAGCUCUGAAAAGUACUGCCACAUGUAAAGUUAGGACCUUUGUAAUAAAUAGUGCAGAUGUGUGUGAAUUUGUUUCUGAAUUAAAAGAAAAAAAUACCUUCUCAA